UCUCUGAAGCGCGAGUGAGGCUCAUCAUCACCACAACAAACUCACACCAACACAAAACAGCGAGUAAAACUAAACUAAAUCUUUCCACGACACGAAAACACUCUGAAUAUUUUUUUCUGGACGAUGAACAAACUCAAUCUGGUCAUGUUAGAUACGAAAGUAAAAAAUUGUGAUAGUUUGUAAACAACAGUCCGUUAUUUGUCAACAGGUGAAUCCCUGCGGACUCAACGAUGUCUUCCAAAGCUUUGUGGCAGCAGCCUUAUGUGAACAUCUUCAAACACAUGAGGAUAGAAGAGUGGAAGAAGGUCAACAAAGAGGGAGAUGUCACCACAUAUAUGGAUAAGACCCUAAAAUGUUCCGUCUUCCGGAUCCACGGCUCCAUACCGGCCAGCAACUACAUCCUACUCCCCAAAACCAGCAGCCAGUCUCUGAGUCUCACCGGUCGGUAUCUGUAUCUGCUGUUCAGACCCAGCCCAAACAAACACUUCAUUGUUCACAUGGACAUUGCUGCUGAGGAGGGUCAGGUGAUCCGCAUAUCGUUUUCUAACUUAUUCAAAGAGUUCAAGUCCACGGCAACAUGGCUGCAGUUUCCUUUCCUGUGUGGAGCCACAGAGGGUUCAGUUUAUGAGAAGACGGCCAGUACUGCAAAACAAGGUUUAGUGGGGCCAGCACCGCCAAGGCCGCGGUGGACGUGUCUGGUAAUGGAUCUGCGUUGCGUGCUGUCGGUUUAUUUGAACAGAACACACAGUCACCUCAAAAGCGUCAAACUAUGUGCCAAUAUGUCGGUCAAAAACAUCAUCACCAGUGACCUGCUGUUCGACCCUGGUCUGACAUUCAUGGAGUUCAGGCAAGCAGGGAUGGUGUUAGCAGAGGGCACUGCGCCGAUGCCCAGAGAAAUGUGCUUCCCUGUGCCAAAAGGCCAGAGCUGGCAUCAGUUGUAUGAUUACAUUAGGUUUCCAUCAGAUGGAGCAAAGUUACCGUUUGAUUCAAUACAGAAAGGAUCCAACGCUGCAACUAAAACGGAGACACCAGCUGAAGGCACCAGUCCUCAAAGAAAGCAAAGUCCUACUGUAAACAUCAGUAAAGCAGUCCAGGACCGCGUCUCUCUUAUUCAGCAGAUAACCACCCCCAAACCUGCAUGUAGCGCCAAGCAACGGCCAGCGAUCCAGACAACCAACCUGCCUCAGGUGAUUUAUUCUCCAUCUGAAGUGUCAGAUAGCCCAGGGUCACCAGGUCAAAGGUCACAGUCAGAUGAAGAAGUCAGGGUAGUGUGUGCCGAUGAUGAUGGUGUGCAUGUGUACGCUCGAUUUGAAGAUGGGGUCUGCUCCAACAUAACAGACAGCGAGGAAGAAAUUGCCAUCAUCAAUGCAGAAUCUCCUUUUCCCGUCUCCCUGCGCUGUGAAAAAGGGAACCAACCACAGGCUGUAUUUCAGAAGCUGUUUCCAGAUCCCAUUCUCAAGUUAAACAGAAUUAUUGGUUUUGGAGGAGCCACAAUGAGAUGUGCUGUGUGGAGCUCAGAUGGAGAGGAAGUUGUGUAUCCCUGUCACGCCAUCAUCGUCGCAAUGACAGUUUCCUCACGACAUCAACGAUUUUUCAUUGGACACACAGAUAAGGUGUCAGCGCUGGCUCUCAAUGCCACAUCUACUCUGCUGGCAUCAGCUCAGACUGGCUCGAACAGUCUGAUUCGUCUGUGGAGCUUUCGUGAAGGAGUGUGCCAAACUAUUAUUCCAACACAAAUGCACACUCUUCAUCUCUUGAGUUUUUCUCACAGUGGAUCAUCGCUGUGUGGUGUAGGAAAAGACAGUCACAACAAAACUACUGUGAUUCUUUGGGACACGCGGCGUGUCGCUGGCGGCGGUGUUGUCCCGCUUUUGGCAAAAGCACACACAGACGUGGACAUUCAGAUGAUAAAGAUCACCUUCUUUGACGAGACACGGAUGGUGUCGUGUGGUUUAGGUAACGUACGUCUGUGGCGUGUUCGUGGUGGCUCUUUGCGUUCCUGUCCAGUGAAUCUAGGAGAGUAUCACAAUUUGGAGUUUACUGACCUUUCUUUUGAGCAGGGUUAUCCUCAGGACCGGCCAGUGGACGACCGCACGCUGUUUGUCAGCAGUAAGGCCGGUCACAUCCUGGAGAUUGACUAUGUCGCUGUAGCAAUAAAAAACAUAAGGAGGCUCCUCCCAGCUCAGGAAAGCCACGCCCACCGCAGGGAGAAACAAACUUUUAGCACAGGUCCUGGUAUUGCGGUGAACAGCAUCAGCGUGUGUGCCGAGUUCUGCGUGACAGGAUCAGAGGAUGGAUUCAUGCGUCUGUGGCCUCUUGACUUCUCAUCAGUUUUCUUAGAGGCAGAGCACGAGGGUCCUGUCAGUUUGGUGUGUGUGUCCUCUGAUGGCUCGAGAGUACUAGCAGCCACGACCACAGGAAAUCUUGGGUAUCUGAACGUUGGCAGUCGGGGUUACCAUACGCUGAUGAGGUCGCACACGACAAGUGUUCUGGGCUUCAGCGUGGAUGGCAUUAGGCAACGUGUGACCACAGUGUCGAAAGAUGGCACAGUACGAGUGUGGGACAUGGACAGUAUGCAGCAGCUUUAUGAUUUUGUCUCUGAUGAUGAUGAGGACAGCCCCUGUUCAGUUGCGUUCCAUCCCAGCAUGCCUCACUUCACAUGUGGUUCGACUUCUGGAACUGUAAGAGUGUUUGACAUCCAAACAUCCAGCUUAAUAACCCAGCAUAGGCAGCAUUGUGGUUCAAUCGAAUGCGUGAUAUAUUCUCCUGAUGGUCAAUGGCUGUUUAGCGCUGGUUCCCUUGGUCAUUUGGUCCUGUACCGAGUGUCUCAGCAGGAUCAUCAUGUGGUCCGUGUUCUGGGUAAUGUGGUUGCACAGGGAGUAAAUCACGGCCCGGAUGUUUUGGCAGUGAGUUCUGACAGCCGCUGUUUAGCUUUGGUUGGGCCGACCGAAUAUACGGUCACGAUCAUGGAGGCACAGUCACUCAAUGAGUUACUGCGAGUUGAUGUGAGCAUUCUGGAUGUUGAGAGCACAACGCUAGACUCCGCCCUCAAUGUGUGCUUCUCUCCCACAUCACUAUCACACCUGCUCAUCGCCACGUCAGCCAAUAAGAUCAUUUGGAUCAACACUCAAACAGGACAGCUGCUCAGACAGGUGCCUAAGGUGCACAAACAUCAGUGUGUAUCUCUGGCUGUCAGUGAAGAUGGACGUUAUUUGCUCACAGCCGGACAAAACUCUGUGAAGGUGUGGGACUACAACAUGCAUCUGGAUAUUAAUUCACAGGUGUUUAUUGGUCACUCUGAAGCGAUCAGACAGGUGAGGUUCACACCUGAUCAAAGGGGCGUGGUCACUGUGGGUGACGCCCUCUUCUUCUGGGACUUCCUGGCACACCCACAAGAGACUGAUGGGGCACUGUCUCCGCCCACUAGAUCACCAGUUUUCUCUCCCUAUAGAUCAGCACAAAACACAGAGGGGCUGAAUAAAAUCACACUGGCCAAUGAGAAACCUCAAGAGGGAUUGCUGCUGUCUUCUUUGCCACUAAUAAAUCGCUCGAUUGAAAGGAAGGACAAUGAAGGUUUUCUGCGUAUGUGUGAUUCAACUGCUGAACUGCAGCUCAACCUCACAACAGGCCACACCCACUCCCCGCCUCCAAAACACGCCUCCUUUCUCAGAGUUAAUAAAUGGGUACGGGAUAAGGACACACCCACAACCUCAGCCAAUCAGUCACCAAGGGAAGGUCGCACACAAGUGCGUCCAGAUUGCUAUAAACACUUCAAUCCACGUUUUAAGACUUCUGAGCUAGACCAGACUCUAGUGGCCCCGCCCCCCGGACAGGCAGGGCUGAGUCUAAAGGCUGUGAUUGGCUAUAAUGGCAAUGGGCGUAACAAUAUGGUCUGGAAUCCAGACACGGGUUUAUUUGUGUACUCCUGUGGGUGCAUUGUCAUCGUUGAGGAUCUGCACACAGGGUCACAGAAACACUGGUUCGGCCAUACCGAGGAGAUCUCAACCCUCGCCAUCACCCACGAUGCACAGAUGGUGGCAUCCACGUCAGGGGGCGGAGCUUCACACAACAGCCUCAUCUGCAUAUGGAACGUUUCAGAUGGGUCCUGUAGAAACCGCCUUUCUUACCACAAAGGAGCUGUGCAGAGUCUCGCCUUCUCCAGAGAUGACAUGUACUUCCUGUCUUUAGGUGAUUUUUCAGAGGCAAUGGUGGCGCUGUGGAGCACUCGUUCAUUUGAGCUGCUCUGUACCGUUCAGAUGUCUGUCUCGCUGCACGAUGCUGCAUUUUGCCCGUUUACGGCUGAUGAGUUAACGCUAAUCGGCAGUGAUGCUGUUUUCUUUACUCGCAUACAAACGAAUGAACACGGCACUGAGCUUCAGGUUCAAAAGGUGGCCUUACCUGAUGAGGUGGAGCACGCAGAGGUGACAUCACUGUGCUAUAACACACGCCAUAUACUGUACACGGGCACAAACAGCGGCCGCGUGUGUGUGUGGGAUUGCGACACGCAGCGCUGCUUUGUGACCUGGGAAGCAGAUGAAGGAGAGAUAGGUGUGUUAAAGUGCAGUGGAAACAAGUUGAUCACUGGAAGUAACACCAAAAAACUGAGGCUGUGGUCAGUGGCUUCAGUCCAGAAUCUUAUUAACCGAAAUGAAAAGACGAGCGGUGCAGUGCAUGAUGGAAAUGGACAGGUUCAUUUAGAACGGGAACUGUUGUUGGAUGGUACAGUGAUCAGUGCAGCGUUUGAUGAUGUCAUGGACAUGGGGAUUGUGGGUACGACUGCUGGAACACUGUGGUACAUCAACUGGGCAGACAGCAGCAGCAUUAGACUCAUCAGUGGACACAGGACCAAGGUGAACAGCGUGGUUUGUAGUCCAGAUGAACAUCAUUUUGUCACCUGUGGGCAGGAUGGUAGCGUACGAGUUUGGGCUUUACAAAGCCAUGAGUUAUUGGUACAGUUUCAAGUUCUCAACCAGAGCUGUGAGUGUGUGUGUUGGAGUCCUCCGAGGGGUGUUUAUGAGCCCGGCGGGCGAGUGUGUGUUGCGGGCGGUUACAGUGAUGGCACCGUUCGGAUCUUCAGUCUGGAGUCUGCUGAGAUGGAGCUGAAGCUUCAACCUCAUCCUGUAGCUGUGUGUGCUUUGCAAUACUCGCACUACGGUCAUGUGCUGUUGUCUGGUGGUCGUGAUGGUCUUAUUACAGUCAGCAGUCCUGUAACUGGAGUCACUGUACGUACCUUCAGUGACCACAAGGGGGCGCAAAUCACUACAAUGCAGUGUACCAGCAAACAGUAUAAAGAGUUUGGUCUAGAGGGAAAUGAGCUCUGGUUGGCUGUGAGUGCAGAUAGGCGUGUCAGCAUCUGGGCUGCCGAUUGGACGAAGAAUAAAUGUGAGCUGCUUGAUUGGCUGACAUUCCCGGCACCAAACCCCCCAGAGGAUUUGCACCCAUUGCCGCCCAGUCUGGCAGCGUUCAGUCCCAGUGAGAAGGGAGUGGUGGUUUACACAGGCUACGCUGUGGAAAAAGAAAUCAUCUUUUACUGCCUCUACAAAAAACAGGUUUUAAGGACAAUCUCUCUUUCUGACUGGUCGCUGUGUCUCGCUCUCUGUUCUACUGGAAGAUUGCUGGCUGCUGGUUCAAAUAAGCGUGUGCUGAAGUUGGUCCAUUCCUCCAGCGGGCGUUUUCAGGAUUUCUCGUCUCACAGUGACUCUGUUGAUGUCUGUAGCUUCAGCUGGUCUGGAUCACGGCUGUUUACCGUGGCUCACAAUGAGCUCUUACUGUGGACUGUACAUGGCUUAUAACAUUGACACCUAUACGCAACACAUUUAAAUGACACUACUACUGUUACACAACAGUUUAAUCCCUCACAAUUAUUCUGUAGGGGUGUGGAUUUUGGUUUAAUGUUGGUUAGUUGCACAAGAAGUUUCUAGGGUUGACUGAUACUCUUGAAUAGUUUGACAUCUUGUUCUAUGAGUAAAACUUGGAUUUUUAAGUUAUCAAUAUGAGAUGUUUUAGUAUUUUUAAUAAAUUUUGAACAAUUUUGGGAUAUAUAUAGCCUACACUAAUUGGGCUGUCUGCUUUUAAUCCCUUAAUUUGAGAGGAAUGGUUUAUAUUAUGUGAAAUUAUUAACAAAUAUUAGAUAAACAUUGAUAACUCUUGUGAAUCAAAGUUUUUCUAACUUUUUCAAUUUUGCUGUAUUUUUUUUUAAAUCCUUAAUUAUUUUAAACUUGUCCAUGUUAAAUAGACAAUGAAAAUAUAUGUUUUCUUUAAACAUUUUAUAUAAAUGUGUCAAGAAAUAAAGAGGUCCCCGUUGGCGUCA